CCGUAGUCCGUUGCCUCGUCUCUUCGCGAAGCCCGAGCGCCAGUCAGUCGCGGCGAUGUCGCGGGAAGGGGCGGAGGCCAAGCCCGUCACGGUCAGCGACGUGCAGGAGCUCAUGAGGAAGAAGGACGAGAUCGAGGCCCAGAUCAAAGCCUACUACGAAGUGCUGGACGACCAACAAGGUGUUGGGAUGCAUGAGCCCCUCGUGGAUGUUGAAGGCUACCCACGUUCAGAUAUUGAUCUUUACCAAGUCCGGACAGCAAGACACAAUAUCAUCUGUCUGCAAAAUGAUCACAAGGCUUUGAUGCAACAAGUGGAAGAGGCGCUCCAUCAGCUUCAUGCCCGGGAUAAGGAGAAGCACGCAAGGGAUGAGGCGGAGGCUCUAGCUGAAGCCAGAGGCCAGGGCCUGCCCUCGCCUCAGCCAUUUGCCAAGGUGAACGCCAUCACCCCAGGAUCCCCUGCAAGCCUUUCGGGCUUGCAAGUUGGCGACGAGAUUGUGGAGUUUGGCUCUGUGAAUGCUCACAACUUCCAAUCGCUGCAGAACAUUGCCACCGUGGUGCAGCACAGCGAAGGGAAAACAUUAAGUGUGACUGUGAUCCGUGGAGGAGAAAGAAUGCAUCUGGGCCUCACCCCGAAACGCUGGAGUGGCAGGGGGCUUCUGGGUUGCAAUAUCAUCCCAUUGCAGAGAUGAUUCCCUGCGACAAGGCUCCCAACAACUUGGUGCCAUUUCAGUUGGAAUCAACCACUUUUAACUUGAAGAAGCUGGAAUGCGGAACAUGAAUUGGGGAGGUUUUGGUGUUUCCUGCCAAAGAGGUUUAUAGAGUUAUUUGCACACUCAGUUUGAAAGUGUUCGAAGGGUUAGCUUGGCCUGUUCCUGUGCAGUUUGUUUCAAAAUUAAAGGCAAAAAAACAAAACAGGCAUUUCGCUUUAGUUUGGAGUCUGGUAAGUUAUUUAUGACCUCCCUUUUAUUCUUUCGUGUUUGUUUGUUUCUGAAUUGACCAGUAAAGAUUUAGCAUUUAAGGUGGGUUUUUUUUCCCAGUUUUCAAGCCAUACUCAUUGAGAGGUUUCUGAAACUUUUUAAGAAGGUUAACUGGUGUGGUACUUUGCAUUGCUUGAUUCGAGUCAUUUUGAAUAAACCUGCCUUUUCAAAAA